AUGACCGCAUUGGCAGAAUGGCCCGAGUUAGCCGUAGUUACCAAAGAGCAACGAUUCGAACUUGUCCUGAAAAGCUUGGACUCAAACCAACGGACUCCAAGUCUCAGCGAUGAUGACCUCCAAAGAACGGUUUUUGAGAAGAAUCUCCAACUUAAUUUCAUUAGUAUAGCGGGUUGUGGAAUGUCAUACCUUUCACCGUCUAUUGUCUCAUGCUCGCAUCUCACGAAACUUGUCAUUAUAAGGAACGAACUAGUUUCUGUCCCAGAAGAAAUAGGUACGCUAUCAAAACUGGUAUUCGUCGAUCUUAGCAAUAAUAAGUUGGAGCGGCUGCCAGCAUCGUUUUCAAAGCUUACCAAGCUUGAAACAUUGGUUGUCUCCGGGAACCAGUUAAAAGACGAUGGAUUGUUCGACUUCUCAGCCCUUGAAUCGCUUCAUGUGCUCGAUCUUUCAUACAACAGUUUAACGGCCAUACCACCAACAUUAAUGAGUCGGAAACUUGUCCACCUGCACACGUUGAAUUUUGCUCAUAACAAAAUAACCGAGGUGACUCCAGAACUCAAUAUCAUUGAGCAUAUGAAGUCCUUAAAUCUCUCUGAAAAUGAAAUCACUUCUCUUCCAUGGGCUAUUGGUCAGAUGGAGAAAAUAAAAGUCUUGGAUUUAUCGCAAAACCCAUUCAAGGAUGGUCGUUUCAAGAAACUGGCAAACGACAAGAGGGCUAAGGUUUCCGCUGUCAUUGCAUACAUUGCGAAAAACGCGCCGAAAGUUUCAAAGAAGUUACGGUCGGAAGCAGAACCUGAGGAUGCAACCUCUGCAAAGCAGUCAGAAUCGGAUGAUGGAGCUUUGCUUGUCCGGAUUGGUGCCCCGAAUAUGCACGUGAAACGAAUGGAAUCGGUUACGCCUAUACGACCAUUCCUUGUGUGUUGUGUUUUCAAUAAUCUUGACCUCACUGGAGAAAAUUUCAAGAAAUUUAUAAAUAUACAGACAAAGCUCCAUGCCUCAUCAUUGUGCGCCAAUCGUGCAGUAGCUGCUAUCGGUACCCAUGAAAUAAAGGCUUUCAAUCCACCUCUGAAGUACUUAGCUCUCCCUCGAGAUGAGCUGUAUGUGAGUGAUGGAAUCACGGCUUUACAUAAGAAGAAACCGGUUAGUGCACGGGAAUUAAUCGACGCCUUGGUCAGGGAUGCUGAUUUGGCCCGAAGGCGAACAAAACGCAAUACCCUCAAUCCCUUGCAUCGGUAUCUCAAUCUUGUAGUGGAUCUUCCAAAUUUGCCUUGUCUCAUAGAUUCUGAAGGUUUAGUGAUUAGCUUAGCACCAGUUACCAACAGUGACCUAACGAAGGUACUUCAUCAGCUGGUUACCGAAACCCUGCAGAUCUGCCCUCAUAUGCAACUUGAUCAGGUGCGGGUGUAUAAAGAAAACGACGACAUGUUGUCCGUCUUUCCGGACAAAAACGAUCUAUCAUCACUGAAAAUACGCCGAGAAUACGUACAAAGUGCUGAAAGCGAAGCUUAA